AUGAACAUCAAAGAUACCGACUCAAACGAAAUAAAUGAAACAUGGGAACAUCUAAAAACGGUCCUAAAUAACACAGCAAAAGAGAUUUUAGGAACUUGCAAAAGACAGAAAAGCCCAGAGUGGUUUGAUGAACAGUGCAGAGAAGCAAUUGAAACUAGAAAUGAAACCUAUAGCAAGUAUCUACAAGUUCAGACUCGAGAUAGAAAAGCUGCCUUUAGACAAGCAAGACGAGAAGCAGACAAAGUAUGUAGGCUCGCAAAAAGAACUUUUGAAAACAACCAGGUUGAAAUCAUGGAAAAGGAUUUCAGAGAGAACGAAACAAGAAGUGCAUACAAAUAUCUGAAACGAAUCAGGGACGGGUACAAACCACAUACAACCUUAUGUAGGGACCAAACUGGACAAAUAAUCAGUGACCUCAAGAAUAUUCUAGACGCAUGGAAGACCCAUUUUGAAGACCUACUAAAUGGAACUGACAAUGACGAUAACUUAACACAAACAACACCAAGUGCAAGCCAAACGAAUGAAAAUGAAAACGAAGACAACUAUAACUACUCAAAUGUCGACAUUUCACCACCGACUAUCGAAGAACUUGAAGAAGCCAUCCAAGCUCAGAAGAACAACAAAUCCCCAGGGAUUGACGGCAUCCCAGCCGAGAUAUAUAAGCAUGGUGGUAGAAAGUUGCUUCACUACCUACAUAAGUUAAUGGUCAACAUAUGGGAGAAAGAAAAAAUACCCGACGAAUUGACAAAGAAUUCAUAUAAUAUGUCCCAUAUACAAGAAAGGGAGACAAGCUCAUGUGCUCGAACUACCGCGGUAUACUUCUCACUCGGUACUGCCUAG